UUUUCCAGAUAUUUUUCCUUAUAUUUAUAUUGUAUAAUCUCCAAUCUUCUUCUUAAUCCCAAACAUCCAUGGAUUCAUCACCACCUUCUCACGGCAGCAAACCCACCGAGCACCGCCAACCAUCUUCCUCUGAGCUUCUUUCCAGCGCCAAGUUGGUGGCUGAGGCAGCCAAAGCUUCACUUAACAACGAAACUCACAAGGUAGACAAAGGCAGAGUUGCUGGUGCUGCAGCUGAUCUUCUUGGAGCUGCCUCUCACUACGGCAAGCUUGAGGAGAAAAGUUUUGGCAAGUAUGUAGAGAAGGCUGAGAAUUAUCUCCACAAGUAUCAAUCCUCCUCCACCACCACCACCACCACAACCAGUUCUUCCCACUCAGCAACCGGCGGCGCCGCCACCCAGUCGUCAACCCAGUCAAGCGGUGGUGCUGGACAUUCUGAAGGUGGGUAUGGUGAUUACUUGAAGAUGGCUCAAGGUUUCUUGAAGAAAAACUGAUGUAUAAUAGCGAUUAGGCAAAGCUUUUGUUCUUCUUCUGCUUUUAUGUAUGUUGUACAACUAGAUCUGAAGUUGUAAGCUCCCUUUCCUGU